AUGCAAACUUAACUUACUACUUAUAACGCUUAACGUCCACUACGGGGUUGGCAGAGCCCAGACCUCUGCUCGCCUUUCGUCGCAUCGGGCCCACAGACCUCUGGGCCGGUCCGUUUCGUUCACCAAGGUGCGCCUAGGGGCAAGUGUUGCCGGCUUCGACGGCCUUAGUUUAAAUGCAAAAAAAUCAGCUAAGUAUGCUAAACAUAAAUAAUAAAGUGAUUGAGAAUUAUAAAUAUUAUGAAAUAAACGUCCAAAGCCAAUAUCACAUCGCUUUUAAUAGCUUAAUUGAGCCUAAUUUACCUAUUAAUUUCCAUUUUAAAAUUAUUUAUUAUUUUGUUUCCGAUAAAAUCAUGGAAAAUAAGAUAGAAACAUUGCUUAAAGCUUACGAAUUGCAAGAAAGCAAGCUAAAACAUUUUUCAAAUGAAAUAAAGCUGAAAAAAUUAAAAAUAGAAGAGCUAACAAUACAAAAUUCACAGCUGAAAAAAGCCGUCCGUGAGCUAUUGAAAGAAAAGUAUCCAUUAUUUAGAGAUGCCUUUAUGGCAGAAAACCAAAACUUAACAAAAAACCUAGAAAAUGCUAUAAAAGAGUGCACCGAGCUUUCAGUAAAAUUUACAUAGAAGCAUUUAAAGAAAAGCCAAAACCUUCCCAAAUUCAAUGAAAAAAUCCAAGAAAAUGUUGGUACACUCAUAAAGCAGAUCAGGAACGAGCACAAUUUAAAUCAAUUGUUCCUGAAACGAAUAGGAGCCUAUACACUAUACACCGAAUUAAUUAGAAAUUACAAGUAUGAAGAAGCCUUCAAUUCUUUACUAGAGUUCAUUAACGAUUUUUUGAUUCUUUAUCAUACAAAAAAUCUAAAUUCUGUUAAAAGCACACAAACAGAAUAUGAUACAUUAAAUACCUAUGAAAUAACUCGAGGCUCAGAUCUGCAAGCAUCUGAAAUUUCAGCUGGAAAUAGUUUUUUUGAAAGUUGCUGUGAGCUUGGGUCUGUAUUAAAGCAUAAGGAUAAGGAUAGAGAAAACGAGAAAUAUGCUGACAAAAAGAUCGAAGAAUUAAACGAUGAAAUAAGAAAAACAAUGGAGAACAGCAAAAAAGUGCUGCAAAAUCCUUUGAAAAAUUCAAUGCUGUGAAAAUCAUAUGGGCACACAAGAUCUAAAAGUGAUUUUUUGAUGUAUUUAAGGCCAAUUGGAUUUGAAUAA